GGGGGGCGUGGAAAACCGGUUAAAGGGUACAGAUUCAUAAAGAGGAGGGGAGAGGCUUCCAAUAACAACAACAGCAAGGGAUUAGGCAUCAACCGAGCAAUCAGCAAGUCGGUUUAAGUCAAAGCAGCAUGGAAUACCCCCCAGGACUGUAAGUGUGGACAGCUGCUCCAGAUCUGUGUGGAGAACACGGGAGGAAGGAUCUUUGAUGACCGUUCCCGAGAUGAAGUGGCUGCCGCCAUGACCGGAGAACAGAAAUAGAAAAGGGAACCACUGGAUUUUGAAGAGCCUGUGUCAGCAUUAACAGUGCACAGUGGCAGUGGAGAGAGGGAGUUGCAGUGACCGCCUUGGUCAUGGUCAUGCCGUGCAAAAACGGAGCGAUAGAAAUAGGGCCGUCACGUCCGUCAUUUCAGUUUUGACUACAGCCCCUCCACUUUGGACUUAUUGAAGACCACCAGAUGCUGGGAAAUUCAAACCGCAAGGGUUUUCUUUUCCGCCGUGUUCUGUCUUCCAACGAGGAUUAUUUGUCCAGAGCUCGCCAGAACGCUCCAUCAAAUCAGUUCUCGCAAAGAUCAGCACCUGGUCAGUGAGCACGGACAUCAUCGCUGAACCGUGAACUCUUUGUCGAAGCUGACUCAACCAAAAACGGGGACGACAAUGAAUGUGGGAGUAUUGCGGUCCGGCAUGUAAAUGAACUCCACUGAUGUUUGCCAGCGGAUGACAUGCAGAAACACUGUCACAGGUUUGUCUAACGAAGGUGCGGAACUCGAAACGAGCUGACGGAUCGUUUUGACAAAUCGCUCACUCGAGCUGGACUUUGAGGAAAGAGGCACACUGAAGCAAAUAUUGGGGAGGUGUUGAAGAACUGCCAUGGGGGAGACCGCAGAAUACCAACGACUACAGGAAACCUCUGAAUGUGACUAUGACGCCCUACCCAGCGAUGAUGAAGAGAAACUGGGCAAUAGCAUGCAGUGCGAGGAAGGCACGGAAUGGCUGCUGGAGCUGCUGGUGGAAGUACAAUUGCAGCAAUACUUCUUGCGGAUCAGGGAUGACCUGAACGUCACACGGCUGUCCCAUUUCGACUAUGUCAAGAAUGAAGAUCUUGAGAAGAUUGGCAUGGGACGGCCCGGGCAGAGACGACUGUGGGAGGCUGUGAAGAGGAGGAAAGCAAUGUGCAAGCGCAAGUCAUGGAUGAGCAAGGUUUUUAGCGGCAAGCGUCCAGACGGGUGUGACUUCUCCCAGCAGGGGCAGCCCGCCUCUUCCUUCCGCAAGCUGUCUCCCACACCUCCCCUGGGCCUGAUGGAGGGGGUCCUGGCCAAACAGCCCCCGGGAGGUAGUCCUCUCGAUGGCCAGCAGCAGGCUCUGACAUGCCUCAUCCCUGAGAAAGACCUCAUGCUGCUGGAGAAGCUGGGGGAUGGAUCUUUCGGAGUAGUUAACAGAGGAGAGUGGCUGACUCCUGCGGGGAAUAUGAUUAAUGUCGCUGUGAAAUGUUUGAAGACCGACGUGCUCAGCCAGCCCGACGCGCUGGAGGACUUCAUCUGUGAGGUCAACACCAUGCACUCGCUGGAUCACCAGAACCUCAUUCGCCUCUAUGGUGUGGUGCUCACACACCCAAUGAAGAUGGUGACCGAGCUCGCCCCGCUGGGUUCCUUGCUGGAGCGGCUGCGCUGCGUCCACCCGCAGGGCCCGGUGCUGAUCCACACCCUGUGUCAGUACGCCGUGCAGGUGGCCUGUGGCAUGGCCUAUCUGGAGCAGAGGAGGUUUAUCCACAGGGAUCUGGCGGCCAGGAACAUUCUGCUGGCAUCAGCUCACCGAGUGAAGAUUGGUGACUUCGGCCUGAUGAGGGCGCUGCCGAACAAUCAUGAGCACUACGUCAUGCAGGAGCACCGGAAGGUUCCCUUUGCAUGGUGCGCCCCGGAGAGUCUGAAGACCAGAACGUUCUCUCAUGCCACCGACACCUGGAUGUUUGGGGUGACUCUUUGGGAGAUGUUCACACAUGGCCAAGAGCCCUGGGUGGGCCUUAACGGCAGCCAGAUCCUGCAUAAGAUCGAUAAAGAAGGUGAGCGCCUCCCGAAGCCCGAGGACUGUCCACAGGAUGUGUUCAAUGUCAUGUUGCAGUGCUGGGCACAGAAGCCAGAUGACAGACCUUCCUUUGUGGCCCUUCGAGAGUUCCUGCUGGAGACCAUGCCGACAGACAUGUGUGCGCUGCAAAACUUUGACGAUCAGGACAAGCUACUGAUCCAGCUUGAUGAUGUCAUCACAAUCAUUGAGGGCAGAGCUGAGAACUACUGGUGGCGUGGUCAAAACAAACGUACCCUGAAGGUGGGACAGUUCCCCAGAAACGUGGUGACGUCAGUCGCGGGUCUGUCGGCCCAUGACAUCAGCCGGCCGCUCAAGAACAGCUUCAUCCACACGGGCCAUGGCGACGUCAACCCGCAUCGCUGCUGGGGCUUCCCAGACCGGAUUGAUGAUUUGUAUCUUGGGAAUCCCAUGGAUCCUCCGGAUGUUCUCGGUUUGGACCUCAGUGCAGCUCGGCCCACUUUGCUACCAGGACGAGACAAACAGCCUUGUUAUGAUCCAGUGAAUGAGGAUGAGGACUUGACAUCUGCGGGACUGAAGAGGCUGUCACUUCGUAAAGCCGGCCUCAAACUUCGACCGACGGCGUGGGUCUCCUCUUCCAAACACGGGAGCGACAAGAACCACCACCCCUGCGGCGAGGUGUCCCUUAUCGACUUCGGGGAGGAGUUCGCCCCACCCGCGCCGUCCCCGUCGCCCAUGGUCGAAGUCCCGAUCCCCUGUCUCGCAAAGCUGGCUUUGGAUGCAGAGAACGUCUUGGACGGGACGCCGCCGCAGAGCCCGUGCAGGUCGUUGCCCCGCCCUCUCCACCCCACGCCCGUCGUGGACUGGGACGCUCGGCCCUUACCCCCGCCCCCGGCCUACGACGACGUCGCCCAAGAUGAAGACGACAUGGAGGUGAGUUCCAUCAACAGCAUGGGACAGCAUCUUGAUGAAGACCAGACGGAUGUCCACGUUCCUGAAGCCAACGUCUCCCCGGUCCUAGAAAAGCACGCCUUGGAGGACAACCUCUUCUUGCCCAGCAAGCACAGCCAGGGCCUCACUACCUCAUUCUGCCAGUCUGCAGAAAUAUUCCAGGAACUGCAGCAAGAGUGCAUGAAGAGGCUCAAUGUGCCGAUGUGUCUGCAGACCCCCCACUACCACGGACACCUCUCCUCCUCUGAGGACAAACCUCAGAUCCCGCCUCGCGUCCCUAUUCCCCCGCGCCCAAUUAAAAAGGGUGACUACUCAUCGGCUCGUUGGUCGAGGGACCUCUCUCUGUCCCCGACCCCGGCCGACGCCAAUGAAGACAUUUCCAGCUCAGGACGCGGUCGGCCACCGCAGAUCCCUCCCAGGGAACCGUUGUCACAGCCCGGCUCCAGGACUCCCAGCCCCAUGGGCCUGGUAGUGGGCUCCCCACAGCAGAGAGUCUUCUCUGUCAGCCCCACACCCACGCAAGUUACCACUUGCCCCUCCACACACACCUACAGCUCCUUCCUCUCAACCUCGCCGAGUCAAUUCAUGCCUACCACACACAGCUUUGCCUCCGAUCCCAAGUAUGCCGCACCCAAAGUGAUCCAAGCACAGGGGAAGGGGGUGGUUCACAGAGGCCCCUGCAUCCUGCCCAUAGUCCGUGAUGGACGUAAAGUCAGUAACACACAUUAUUACCUUCUGCCGGAGAGGCCGCCUUACCUUGACCGAUACGAUCGCUUCUUCAGGGAGGCUGAAAGCUUGACUGGCAACAGUGUGGAUGACAAACACGUACGACAAGCUAACACCGCGACCGUUCGACCCAUGGUGCUCAGCAGCCAGACGUCGCAGGUGCAUGCAGGACAAGGGAUUGUUCCGCUGGGCGAUCUGAAGGCGCAUUAUUCCUCGGACAAUAACAGCGGUCUUGGACCACGGACAGGAAUGAAGGCAUCAGUUAGUCUCUCUGGUAUCUGUGCAGAGGCUUUGACAGCAACCUGUCCCACGGCAGACGGAUUAGGAAACUCAGCAGACAGAGUCAAAGAGGUUCAGGGGGUGGUCCACGGCGUGACGAUAGAAGAGUGCCGAACUGCACUGCAGAACCACAACUGGAGUAUUGAGAAAGCCGUGCAUUACCUGAAGGUGGAGCAGCUGUUCUGUUUGGGUCUGAGCAGCAGGUCUGAGUGUCAGAAGCUGCUGGAGAUGUGUGACUGGAACCUGGAAGAAGCCAGCACGCAGAUGUUGGAUAACUACGGCUUGAGCACGCAACAAAGACGGUGACAAGACUGGUUCAUCCUCAAUGAAACAUCCAGCAGAGCGGCUCUUGGACCAUCCCGUGAUCCCCUUGAGUCACACCUAUUCAUGCUCCUGGUGGACUGGUCAGAACUUUCACUUCUGCACUUAUCAAGAGUUUUUUUUUUUUUAAAAGCGUCGUCCAAAGCAGACAAGACAACAAUCUUCCUGGCAGCGUCGGAUCCUUUUACUCUUUUACUGUUUUUUAGCGGAGAGUCGUUCUCUGAUCUUUUCCUUCGAGUCAUUUAAAAAAAAAAAAAAAAAGGUAUGGCUUGAAGGGAACCUGAAAGGGUGGAAAAUGAGUCGUUUCGGACAGCACAAACACACACAAAGAAGCACUUUUGCUGAAAAUGUUCCCACUUUUGCCGAGUCGUCGUCAAGAACUUAGUCUCAGAACUCCCGAUCCAUGUCCAAAGUAAAGAAAAGAGUCGCGAUACAGUCGUCCCUGGUUUAUCGGCUCUAAUUGGUACCGGGUAAACAAAAAAAACGCAUUAACCUCUUAAGGCCCGAGCUGUUUGUUUACAUGCUGCUUUUUUUAUUUUUAUUUCUCUUUGCUAUUUGGCCUUAUUGGACCCUAAUUAGAAUAAAAACUAAGAAUCAUCUUUUGAUAUGAUGUACUUUAGUCCAUAAGUACACAAACGUGUACUUCAUGUUUAGUGACAUGCUAAUUCUUCUUUUUACACUUUUUUUUUCUUCCAAAUUCCAUUGUAUGUUAUACUCUUCUGACACCACCAGAUGGCAGUAUAAGUGUCCACAUAAGUGGCCAUAAGACCCCAAUUCAGGUAGUGUACACAAUUUUGGAAAUAACUAAGGCCUGUAGAGCAGGGGUGUCAAAUUAGUUUUCAGUGAGGGCCACAUCACGGUUAUUGAAUUUAGUGGUUGUUGUUAGCAGUAAUCGCCCUAAACCGACAGCUACAAGAAAAUACUGUAUUUUCCAGACAAUAUAAGCCCCGCCCACUAAAUUUUAGACUAUAAGCCGCAGAUUUAUAAGUUGUGAUCUGAGUUAUUUACACAUUUUGUGAAUGUCUAUUUACAUACCUUAUUUAUGUUUGAAUGUUUUGCUGGAAUAAUGGAGUAUGGAUGAAUAAAUUAAAUAUCAUAUUUUCCCGACUAUAGAGCGUAUAUAAGCCAUACCCUCAAAAUUUUUGAAUUUUUUUCAAAGCCGCAGAUUCAUGCAUUGUGUAAUUAGUUAUUGACGCAGAAAUGUUUAUUUGCAUACCUUAAUUGUUUCCAAACGGUGCCUGUGACAAGGCAGUAAAACGGCUGGUCAGACAAAACAGAAGUCAUCGUCAUGGACCCACUAGCUGCGGAAGCUAGCUCUCCAAUCAGCUAAAUUUACUGAGGAAUUUACCAAACUGAAACAACACAAAGAGAAUGCCGUUAAUAAUGCUAACACAGACACUCGUAAACGUGUUAGCAUAUUAGCUGAUGCUAGUGACAUUACAUCAGGAUAGCACGUACAAAUAUGCAUGAAAACACUCCCACAGCCAUCACACACGGGACGGUUUAGUAAGUAUGAACAGUUUUAGUUAUAUUGUAAAACCUAUAAACGUUGCCUGGAGGGAUCAAUGAAGAAUCCAUACAAGUAGAACCGCUAUGGACGGCCAGAAGACAAAACGGCAAUUAUACUUCCGGUUUAAAGCAAUGAAUGAAAGGACACUGCAGCACCUCCAACUAUUUGCAUUAUGGCCGUCAGCAAAAAAUAAUCCAUAAAUUUGCCGCACCAUUUUGAAAGCCGCAAGGUUCAAAGCGUGGGAAAAAAAAGUAUCUUCUUUUAUUCAGUCAUUUAUGGUAAUUUUUCUAAGUCAGAACCGGGUUUCCAUGUACUGAAAGCACGGCCGUGUGUUGUUCCGCCAAAAGUUUGUAAAUUUGACAGGCGCAGCUAUGACAGUUAGCCGUGUUGUUAGCAUUUCUUGUUGAAGAAUCCAUACGGGUAGAAACGCUGUGGAUGACAAGGAGACGGAACGGCACUUAACUUCCGGUUUAAAGCACUAAACAGAAGGAACGUUCAGAACGCCAGCAGCACCUGCAGUAAGCAAACUCGUCCACAAGAUAGCGCCGCAGCACAAACAAUAACAAGAAAGAAGAAGAAAAAUAUAGAAGCUGCACCGUUUUAUAAGCUGCAGGGCUCAAAGCGUAGGAAAAAAAUUAGCGGCUGAAUUUAAGGUAAGAAAAAAAAAAGGCAAAUAUUGCAGCGUAAUUUAUAAAAAAAAUAUGUCGAAUAUGCUUUAAAAAAAUCAGCGAUGUAGUGAAGCCGCGUUAUUUGAAGCGCGAUGUGGCGAGGGACUCCUACAGCCAUCACACGUGGGAUGGUUUAGUAAGUACGAACAGUUUUAGUUGUAUUGUAAAACCUAUAAACGUUGCUUGGAGUGAUAAAUGAAGUAGAAACGCUGUGGACGGCCAGAAGACCAGCAAUAAUAUACUUCACAAACACACAAACAAUAACAAGAAAGAUCUAGAAGUGAGCUGCACCGUUUUAUAAGCUGCAGGGCUCAAAGCGUAGGAAAAAAAAUUAGCGGCUUAUAGUCCAGAAUUUACGGUAAUACAAAAAAGAGGCAAAUAUUGCACCGUAAUUCAUUGAUUUAACAAAUAUUUUAGGCCAAAAAUAUGUUGAAUAUGCUUUAAAAAAUCAGCGAUGUAGUGAAGCCGCGGUAUUUGAAGCGCGAUGUGGCGAGGGAUGACUGUAAUGAGUCAAAAGUGGGCAUAAAAAUCCAUAAUUACAACAAAAAAUGUUUUUUAAAAUUUGUCACCGUUUUUGUUGAUUCAAUGCACACAAACAAUAACAAGAAAGAAGAAGAAACAUUAGAAGUUAGCUGCACCGUUUUAUAAGCUGCAGGGCUCAAAGCGUAGGAAUAAAUUUAGCGGCUUACAGUCCAGAAUUUACGGUAAUAGGAAAAAAAAAGGAAAAUAUUGCACCGUAAUUCAUUAAUUUAACAAAUAUUUUAGGCCAAAAAUAUGUUGAAUAUGCUUAAAAAAAUCAGCCAUGUAGUGAAGCCGCGGUAUUUGAAGCGCGAUGUGGCGAGGGACGACUGUAAUGAGUCAAAAGCGGGCAUAAAAAUCCAUAAUUACAACAAAAAUUUUUUUUUAAAAUUUGUCACCGUUUUUGUUGAUUCAAUGCACACAAACAAUAACAAGAAAGAAGAAGAAACAUCUAGAAGUUAGCUGCACUGUUUUAUAAGCUGCAGGGCUCAAAGCGUAGGAAAAAAAUAGCGGCUUAUAGUCCAGAAUUUAUGGUAAUAGGAAAAAAAAGGCAAAUAUUGCACCGUAAUUCAUUAAUUUAACAAAUAUUUUAGGCCAAAAAUAUGGCAAAUAUACUUAAAAAAUCAGCGAUGUAGUGAAGCCGCGGUAUUUGAAGCGUGAUGUGGCGAGGGACGACUGUAAUGAGUCAAAAGCGGGCAUAAAAAUCCAUAAUUACAAAAAAAAAAUCUAAAAUUUGUCACCGUUUUUGUUGAUUCAAUGCACACAAACAAUAACAAGAAAGAAGAAGAAACAUUAGAAGUGAGCUGCACCGUUUUAUAAGCUGCAGGGCUCAAAGCGUAGGAAAAAAUUAGCGGCUUAUGGUCCAGAAUUUACGGUAAUAUAAAAAAAAGGCAAAUAUUGUACCGUAAUUUAUUAGUUUAACACAUAUUUUAGGCCAAAAAUAUGUUGAAUAUGCUUAAAAAAAUGAGCGAUGUAGUGAAGCCGCGGUAUUUGAAGCGCGAUGUGGCGAGGGACGACUGUAAUGAGUCAAAAGUGGGCAUAAAAAUCCAUAAUUACAACAAAAAAAAAAUCUAAAAUUUGUCACCGUUUUUGUUGAUUCAAUGCUUCCUGCCAACAAAUUUUACACUGAUGGAAAAAUAUACAUUUUUAUUUUUAUUUUAUUUUUAUUUUAUAUAUAAUUUGCGGCAUCAAGUAAGGAAGAAAUGCUAACAACACACAGCCGACAUGCAGGUUGUGUAAAAAAAAAAAAGUGGAAAAAGUUGGCUAAACCCUAAUGUUGACACUUAAGGACGCCCCACUAGCAGAUGGUCACACACUGCUGUGGGACGGCAUUCCCUCCGUCAGCGCAAUUUGGUUUCAUUGGCCACUCUUGCACGGACCACGCCCCACAAGUCCAGUUUUGUUGAGGUUUUUGGAGGAGACACCCCACACUAGAAAAAACGUUCCUUCAGCAAGAAAGUAAGACAAACUUUGGUCAGCUGCCACCGGGGCAUCAAUCAGAUACAUGAGGCGUGUCCAGAGUUUUAAUUUGCUAUAAACAAAACUGCAAAAAUGAUCGGACAAAGUCGAAAUAGGUGAAUUAAUCCUGCGAGGACGUUCGAUUUUAAUUAUCUUGCAAAGCCAAACAGGACAUAAAAGUCAUUAAGUUUGAAGGGUGUGAAAACGUUUGGAUUCAUAUUCUUCUUCUCAAAAGUCCUGAAUAAGUAUAUCAAACAUAAUGUUUUUUUAUUUAUUAUUUUGGUAGCACUUUAGUAUGGGGAACAUAUUCAUCAUUAAUUAGUUGCUUAUUAACAUGCAAAUUAGUAACAUAUUGGCUCUUAAUUAGUCAUUAUUAAUGCCUUAUGAUAACACUUUAGUAUGGGGAACAUAUUAACCAUUAAUUAGUUGGUUAUUAACAUGCAAAUUAGUAACAUAUUGGCUCUUAAUUACUCAUUAUUAAUGCCUUAUGAUAACACUUUAGUAUGGGGAACAUAUUCACCAUUAAUUAGUUGGUUAUUAACAUGCAAAUUAGUAACAUAUUGGCUCUCAAUUAGUCAUUAAGGCCUUAUGGUAACACUUUAGUAUGGGGAACAUUUUCACCAUUCAUUAGUUGCUUAUUAAUAUGCAAAUUAGUAACAUAUUGGCUCUUAAUUAGUCAUUAUUAAUGCCUUAUGAUAACACUUUAGUAUGGGGAACAUAUUCACCAUUAAUUAGUUGCUUAUUAAUAUGCAAAUUAGUAACGUAUUGGCUCUUAAUUAGUCAUUAUUAAUGCCUUAUGAUAACACUUUAGUAUGGGGAACAUAUUAACCAUUAAUUAGUUGCUUAUUAACAUGCAAAUUAGUAACAUAUUUUCUCUUAAUUAGUCCUUAUAAAGUACCUAUUAAUGCCUCAUUGUAACACUUUAGUAUGGGGAACAUAUUCACUAUUAAUUAGUUGCUUAUUAACAUGCAAAUUAGUAACAUAUUUGCUCUUAAUUAGUCAUUAAGUACUUAUUAAUGCCUCAUGGUAACACUUUAGUAUGGGGAACAUAUUCACCAUUAAUUAGUUGCUUAAUAACAUGCAAAUUAGUAACAUAUUUGCUCUUAAUUAGUCAUUAAGUACUUAUUAAUGCCUUAUGGUAACACUUUAGUAUGGGGAACACAUAUUUACCAUUAAUUAGUUGCUUAUUAACAUGCAAAUUAGUAACAUAUUGGCUCACUUUGGAAGGAUUUUUAAGGUUUAAAUAAAAAAAACAACAUGUUUUUAUCACACGUCCUAUAAGUAGUUAAACAUGUUUUCAUUUGUUUGGUGCUGAAAUUGAUUGAGAGAUUUGAUCAAAAAAGAAAAAAAAUAAGAAAAUAAGAAAAAAAGCUUUAGGUUUGAAGGGCGUAAACACAUUUGAAUUCGUAAUUGUUUUUACUUUUUUGGCUCAAAAGUCCGUAACAAAAAUUAUUCUUUUUAUAAUUAAUUUGUUUUCACCCUUUAGAAGGCUUUUUGAUCAGAUGAUGUCAUAAGUUUAAAUUAAAAACACAUGUUGAUGAAGUUUGAUGAGAGAUUUGAGCAAAAAAGUUAAUAAUAUUUGUAAUAUUUAGUAAUACGUUGUUGUUGGGGUUUUUUUUAACUUUACUUUAGCUCAAAUCCUAAACAAAAAUAUCAAACAUGUAAUGUUUUUUUGUUUUUGUUUUUUCAUGUGGACCGAUUUUUGAAGAGCCUUUGAUCACAUAAUGUCACAGGUUUAAAAAUUAGUAAAAUAACUCAUGUUAUGCAAAUGUAUACUAUUUCAAAAGCCCUACAAAGGGUUAAAAAAAAUGUCAUUUGUUCAGAGUUGAAGUUGAUUAAGAGAUUUGAGCAAAAAAGUAAAAAAAAACAAAAAAACAACUGUAAUAAGGACAUAAAUACAUUUAAUUUUUUACUUUUUUGGCUCAAAACCUAAACAUUAAUAUACAACAUUUUCAACAGUUUUAAAGGCUGUUUAAUCCAAUAAUGUCACAGGUUUGAAUUAGUAAAAUAAGCCAUGUUAUGAAAAUGUAUACUAUUUGACAACUGUCAAAAGGGUCUAAAAAUAAUAAUUUUGUUUAGGGAGAGAUUUGAGUAAAAAAAAUAAAAAUAAAAAUACAUCCCAAAUAUUUUUUGCCCUUUAAAAAAUGAUGAACUUUUUUGUGCUGUUUGGCUUUGGGGUAUAUCCAAAAACUGCAGUGUAUCGUGCAAAACUAAAUUGAAAACUGGAAUCCAGUAGAAAAUGUACCGCACAAUGUGUCACGUUUCAUGUGUCAGGUAAACCGUGACAAAUGGGCCCAUAUAAAUCCCCUUCCUACUGUACAUUGACAUUUUUAAAUUUAACGUGAUAAAUAAAGAAAAUUUGUAUAUAAUGAAGGAACUCACCAAAAAUUAAGGCCAAAAAUACAGCAAAAAUGUAGUAAAAAGACUAAAAAGUCAGCUUUUUUCCUCUAAGAGUUAAGUCAAAUGAGAAAAAAGGGGGAAAAAAUGUAAUUUUAAAGCAUGAAGUGGAAAUAUUAAAGGAAAAAAAAUGCUAUUUUUAACAAGUUUUGAAUAAGACGAUUAGGAAAAGUUUAUAGUACCAGAAUAAAAGUAGAAAUAAAUAAUAAAAAUGGAGGGAGCGAAAGACCAUACUAAUUGACGUGGUUUGCUUUUCAAAAGGUAAAAUAUCAAAACAUUUUCUAUGUCCGUUUUUUUUCUUCUUUUUUUAGCUCAAAUCCUAAACAAAAAUAUCAAAAAUGUAAUGUUUUUGUUUUUUAAUGUUGACCGAUUUGAAGACCCUUUGAUCAGAUAAUGUCACAGGUUUAAAAAUGAGUGAAAUAACUCAUGUUUUGCAAAUUUAUACUAUUUCAAAAGCCCUACAAAGGGUUAAAUUUUUUUUAAUUGGUUCAGAGUUGAAGUUGAUUUAAGAGAUUUGAGCAAAAAAGUAAAGAAAAAAAAAUUGUAGUAAGGACAUAAAAACAUUUGAUUUUUUACUUUUUUUGGCUCAAAACCUAAACAUUAAUAUAAAACAUUUUCAACAAUUUUAAAGGCUUUUUGAUCCAAUAAUGUCACAGGUUUGAAUGAGUAAAAUAAGCCAUGUUAUGCACAUGUAUACUAUUUGACAACUGUCAAAAGGUCCUCAGAGGGUUUAAAAAUAAUAAUUCAGUUUAGAGAGAUUUGAGUUAAAAAAAAAAUACAAAAAAUAUAUAUAUAAAUAUUUUUUGCCCUUUCAAAAAUGACAGACUUUUAUGUCCUGUUUGGCUUUGGGGUAAGUCCAAAAACUGCAGUGUGUCGUGCAAAACUAAAUUGGAAACUGGAAUUGCCACAAAACACAUUUUAAGAAGGCGGCUAAAGUGGAUAAAGUACCCCAAAAUUCGUCACGUUUCAUGUGUCAGGUAAACCGAGACAAAUGGGGCCAAAUGACAUAUUUAAAUUUAACAUGAUAAAAAAAAGAAAAAUUGUGUAUAAUGAAGGAACUCACCAAAAAUACAGCAAAAAUGUAGUAAAAAGACUAAAAAGUCAGUUUUUUUCCCACUAAGCGUUAAGUCAUAUGAGAAAAAAGGGGAACAUUUUCAUUUUAAAGCAGGAAGUUGAAAUAUUAAAGAAUAAAAAAAGCUUAUUUUAACAAGUUUUGGAGAAGACGAUUAGGAAAAGUUUAUAGUACAAGAAUAAAAGUAGAAAUAAAUAAUAAAAAUGCAGGGAGCGAAAGACCGUACUACUACUACGCUCCCAAAGGUAAAAUAUCAAAAAGUUUUCUGUGUCCGUUUUUAUUUUAUUUUUUAAUUUUUUUUACAUGCAGUCCCUCAACAAACAUUUUAAUAUACAAUCUAUGAAAGUCAGCCAACAUUUGUUCAAAGAGAAAUGGAAAUAAAAACAUUCCAGAACCCUCGGAGCCUCUAAAAUGUGCACAUCCGCCCGUAAAAAUAGACCCUUCAGGAAACAAUAACAUUGGGUACAAUUUUCCCUGUGCAGUGUUAGGAGUGACGACUCUCCCUUUGUGUUACUUUUGCACACUUUGUGUUCGCCGGCCUCCACAGUGUUGUUGUUGUUGUUGUUGUUGUUUUGAAACCAAGCUGCUGCUGGAAGGACGGAACUUUGUGUCAUGAACACGAUCUGAUCAACAAUUUGUCAUUUCUGCCUCAUCUGGAUUUGCUCUCCUCUACUGAACAGCUGUCUGGUUUCUCCUCCUCUGGGCUGAUGGAAAUGUUCAUGCUGCCGGAUUUAUAAAUGUAUUUUCUACUAAAUUAUUUUUCACCUCUU